CUUCAUCUCCUUCCUCCAUCUACUCCCCAUGGCUGUCGCAACUUCCUACAACGACCUCCAGCCGGUCCGCCGCAUCGAUGAGGACGAGGCUAGGCGAAUAAGCAAUAGGAUAGAUGAGGAACUCAAGGCGGAAAGAGAAAUGCUUCGGCGGAAAAAGAGUCAGAAAAGGGAUGUCAAAGGGCAGGCGCAGUCAAGGGUCCAGACGGGACUGCUGAAUGCUCUGCACCUUGUUCUCUGCGACUCAGAUCUGCCUCCAGCCGCGAAAUGCUCCAGCAGUGCCUUAACUGCAAUGAAGAAAGGCGUUUUGAUGCUUCUUGGCCAGGCGGAGUCCGGAAAGUCAACAUUACAGAAACAGUUUCAGCUCUAUUAUGCGUCGCACCAACUCGAUAAGGAGCGCCCAGCAUGGCGACCUGUGGUCUAUUUCAACAUUAUCAAGGCAGUCCGGAUGAUUCUUGAAGAGUUAGAUUACGAAUUCUCGCAGUCUCCUACCCAGGCACGCCCUCAACUCGCAUCGGCACCACCCCCUCCUCCCCUUCCGCAUAUGUCCGAAACGGCACGGGGAAAGCUGCCUGCUAUACCCGGAUCCGGGGCGGCGUAUAAGUUUGGAGCAGGUUCCUCAUCAGGACAUAGCGGUGUGAAUGGGAAUGGUAGCUCAAGUAAUUCCAGCGGCAAUGAGUUAGGCGGAUGGCAAGAGGAUCUCGCACAGUUACGCACGAAAUUAUUACCAUUGGUUGCGGUCGAAGAUGCUCUUGCUCGCGAUUUGAAUGGUGGUGUAACCAUAGCUGGUGGCCGUUCAGGUGUUUACGUUCGUUCUGGAUGGCAAGGUCUAGUCCAACCGAUGGCUUCCCGAGGUUGGGGAGGAGCAUUUAGUGGUAAUGGGUCAGGUGGUCCACCCGUCAAUGACCUCGUUGCCCGCAUGCUUGCAGCCACGAAAGACGAGGUCGCCGCCCUUUGGAAGCAUCCAAGUGUGCGGUCACUCAUCAAGCACCGUAAGUUAAGACUGGAGGAGAGUGCCUCAUUUUUCCUCGAGAACGUGUAUCGAAUCGCAGAACCUGACUAUCUACCUGCUACUGAGGAUAUAUUGAAUGUCCGGUUGCAGACGCUGGGUGUGAAGGAACACUCGUUUGACAUCAGUCUUAGCGGAACGCAUGUCAACUGGUUGCUAUACGAUGUGGGCGGUGCUCGAGGCCAGCGUCACGCGUGGGUGCCGUACUUUGAUGAUGCUACUGCAAUCAUCUUCCUGGCUCCCAUCAGCGCAUUUGAUCAGUAUCUGGAAGAAGAUCCGCGGACAAAUCGAAUCGAUGAUUCGCUACAACUCUUUACGACGAUCUGCUCCAACAAGUUACUCAAAAAUACGCAUCUUGUUCUUCUGCUCAAUAAGACCGAUUUGUUGAAACAGAAACUUGCUGCAGGGAUCAAAGUUCGAAAAUACAUUACCUCGUAUGGUGAUCGUCCAAACAAUUAUACGGAGGUCUCAGAAUAUUUCCGAGCACACUUUCUCCAAGUCCACCGCCGCAAUGAUAUAUCGAAGCGCGCUCUGUAUGCACAUUUCACAGCAAUGUUGGAUAUCAAAGCAACACAGAAGGUCAUCGUGAAUGUCGGCGAAGCUAUUAUCCGCUCGUAUAUCACUGAUGCUGGGCUCACUUAACGCUCGAGCGCUUGCUUCCACUGUAGUUAAGGCAUCCCUACCUCUUCCUCCGCUUAUGAGGUAUAGUCAUGGAAUACUCUAGUUUACAUAUCUGUUGUGGGAUGAUCUGUAUACCAACUUAACUCGUGUAUUUCACCUUGUCGUUCAUAACCCUUGUAUUUGUGUGUCUACCUUGCGCGACACGCAAACUCACCCAUAUCCAUACCACUUUUACCUCCAUUAUUCUUCCUUCGUUUCGCGUUGCCGUAUUGGUCGAACGAACUUUCACACACACUCUUUCUGAAUCACUUCUAGC